AGUAACCGCGAUUUUCUCACCGUAACACUCGACUCGACUAGUGGAGUUAAUUACGCGUUCUCUCUCUAGCGCGUUUCCGGCGAGCCAACAGGCGGGGCGGCCGAUCUCCGCCGCGCCGCGCCGCCGCCGGGUUGAUCUCGAAUGGCGCUGGAGAGGCGGCUCGCCUACGUGGCGUUUGUCCCCUUCCUCUUCCUCGCCCUCCCCAUCCUACCGUCCGACUCCCCGUCCACCGGCGGCGGUGGUGGCGGAGGGGGAGGAGGAACCCUAGACCCGCCCUCGGCGAAGUACGUGGUGCGGUUCGUCGAGUACCGGCACGCCGGCAAGCACCGGGAUUACCUGGAGGACGGCCUCCGCGGGGCCGCGCAGCCGCCCCCCGCCGCGUCGUGGCGGUGGGUGGAGCGGCGGAACCCGGCCGCCGCGUUCCCCACCGACUUCGCCGUGCUCGAGAUCCGCGACGCGUACCGGGCCGCUGUCGUCGACGCCGUCAGGGCGCUCGGCCGCGUCCGGGACGUGCACGCUGAUGCCAGCUACUCCAGGGGCGUCCUGUCGACGGAUCGGCCGCCGCGGAAGGGGAAGCUGUUCACGGCCAUGUCAUUCGAGGAGGAGGGGGAGGGAGGGGAAGAUAAUGAGGUCGGAUGCGGCCUAGAUAGUAACUCUUCGUCUUCUGGUUGGAGGCGCAAGCUUCUCAUGCAGAGAUCACAAGUAACAUCUCUUUUUGGAGCCGAACGACUAUGGGGAAUAGGCUUCACUGGUAGGAAAGUCAAGAUGGCCAUUUUUGACACUGGUAUUCGAGCAGACCACCCGCACUUCCGUAAUAUUAAGGAACGCACUAAUUGGACAAACGAAGACACACUAAAUGAUAACCUUGGACACGGUACAUUUGUAGCAGGAGUUAUUGCUGGUCAAGAUGCAGAAUGCCCUGGAUUUGCACCUGACACUGAGAUAUAUGCAUUUCGAGUGUUCACAGAUGCUCAGAUAUCCUACACAUCGUGGUUCUUGGAUGCAUUCAAUUAUGCAAUUGCAACUGGUAUGGAUGUACUGAAUUUGAGUAUUGGUGGACCUGAUUAUCUGGAUCUCCCCUUUGUGGAAAAGGUUUGGGAGCUCACAGCAAAUAACAUUAUUAUGGUAUCAGCUAUUGGAAAUGAUGGCCCUCUUUAUGGCACGCUAAAUAACCCAGCUGAUCAGAGCGACGUCAUUGGUGUUGGUGGUAUUGAUUACAAUAACCAUAUUGCUUCAUUUUCCUCUCGAGGCAUGACUACCUGGGAGCUUCCUCAUGGGUAUGGCCGUGUAAAACCUGAUGUUGUUGCGUAUAGUCGUGAUAUAAUGGGUUCAAAGAUCAGCACAGGUUGUAAAACCCUUUCAGGCACCAGUGUUGCAAGCCCAGUGGUUGCUGGUGUAGUAUGCUUGCUUGUUAGUGUUAUACCAGAGGACCGUCGGAAAUCCAUCCUUAACCCUGCUACAAUGAAACAGGCCCUUGUAGAGGGUGCUUCUAGGCUUUCAGGACCAAACAUGUAUGAGCAGGGUGCUGGCAAGAUUGACCUCUGGCAAUCAUAUGAAAUCUUGAAAAAUUACCAACCGCGUGCAAGCAUCUUCCCUAACAUGCUUGACUUCACUGAUUGUCCGUAUUUCUGGCCUUUUUGUCGCCAACCUCUGUAUGCUGGAGCUAUGCCAGUAGUCUUCAAUGCUACAAUUCUGAACGGGAUGGGGGUGAUUGGUUAUGUUAAGGAUCCACCUGUAUGGCAACCUUCUGAGGAUGUUGGCAAUCUUCUUAGUGUUCACUUCACCUACUCAGAUGUCAUAUGGCCUUGGACAGGUUACCUUGCUCUGCAUUUACAAGUUAAAGACGAAGGAUAUCAGUUUUCAGGCAUAAUUAGUGGCAAUGUUACAUUGUCAAUCUACAGCCCAGCAGCUCAUGGGGAAAGCAGUCCACGAAGUAGCUCGUGUGUCCUUUACCUGAAGGUCAAGGUAGUGCCAACACCUGUUAGAUCCAGAAGAAUAUUGUGGGAUCAAUUUCAUAACAUCAAAUACCCGUCUGGUUUUGUUCCAAGAGAUUCACUUAAUGUGCAUAAUGAUAUCCUUGACUGGCAUGGUGAUCACUUGCACACAAAUUUUCAUAUAUUGUUCAACAUGCUGAGAGAUGCAGGAUACUACAUUGAAACCCUUGGUUCACCACUUACCUGCUUUGAUGCUAGCAACUAUGGGACACUGCUUAUGGUUGAUCUUGAGGAUGAGUACUUCAAUGAGGAGAUUCAGAAACUUAAGGAUGAUGUUGUACAGAAAGGGCUUGGUGUUGCUGUUUUUGCUGAGUGGUAUCAUGUCGACACAAUGGUUAAGAUGACAUUCUUUGAUGAAAACACCCGCAGUUGGUGGACUCCAAUUACUGGGGGUGCAAAUGUUCCUGCACUUAAUGAACUUUUGGCACCAUUUGGCAUUGCUUUUGGGGACAAAGUACUAAGUGGUGACUUCUCAAUCAAUGGUGAGCAGACCCACUAUGCUUCUGGAACUGAUAUAGUGCAAUUCCCAGCAGGAGGUUAUUUGCAUAGUUUUCAACUCCAGGACAACUCUAAAAUUGCACAGGACAACUCAAGAAUCGCAGAUACACAAAACACCCCAGAGAAAAGCAAGCUCUCUUCUGUUCUUGGAAUGAUGGAAGCAGGCAAAGGUCGGAUUGCAGUCUAUGGAGAUUCAAAUUGCCUUGACAGUAGUCACAUGGUAACAAACUGCUAUUGGCUUUUGAGAAAAAUUGUGGAGUUCACUGGCAAUAGAAUCAAAGAUCCUGUUCUUUUCUCAGAAUCAGCUCAGUUAAAAUCUCCGGUUUUUGAGAGCAUCCAUCAACUGUCACGUAGACCAGAUGUGAACUUCUCAACAUAUUCAACAGUUGUUGACAAGGAAUUGAUCUGUCACCAGGAUUCCCGAUUUGAGGUUUGGGGAACGAAAGGUUAUGGUAUCCACCCAACUGGCGCAACAAGAAAGUUGCCAGAGUAUCAGAAAAGUGACUCUUCUACUAUUCCCAACAUUACAAUAGUAACUUCUGACAGCACACAAGAUGAAGCUGGCUUGCAAAGAAAUAUUGCAACACCAAUAGUUGCUAAAUUUGACAGAAGAAUGGACUAUUUUGGUUUUCUCAGUCAUGAAGAGAUUGACAUUGGAGUGCUAGUGGCAAGCCAAUGGAUGGUACCUUGCUUUGCUGCCACUGCUUGCCUUAUGUUGUACCUCAGCUGCAGAGUGCAACAAAAGCGCCGUCGACGAAAGAAAGGGUCAACGGCUGCUAGAUUGUCAAGUAUGGACCGUAUGGUCUAACAUGACACUGUUGGGGCCAGGAUGAAUUAAGAGUUUUGGCACCUGCACAGCAAUCGCCAUGGGAAUAUAAUUGGGAACUCCAUCUACCACACUAACACAGAGAGAGACACAGUUGAGCUUGAGUUCUAGCGGAAUCAUGGUCAUGUUUUCAGCUCGCAAUGGGAGGCCUCUCGAGACACACUUUUGCACCGUGACUAGAGGCACAUGGCUCGCAUUUUUUCCUGAGCAAGGAGAGCUGAUUGAGAUGGUCAGCAGCUACACGGAAAGGUGAUUCGACUUCAACUUUGAGAUGAUGGAUUGCCGUGAAGUUGUCUGUAGUUAUUCAAAAAUUUUGCCAAUGUAAUAAUAUGUUAGUUUUUGUCGCACGAUCACUAAGAGCUAAUUCCCUUUAGGAAGAGGCUAGAGCUAACGAUUUUAUUCUUCGGCACCUCCUUUACUCUCCAUGUCUGAAAGUGAAGGGGUAAUGAGCGUCUCUGUGGCUCCGUUAGCUUGAGCUUGUUGUAAGUAUGCAAGAGGAAUAGGCUAAUGAGCGUAUCUGUCAGAUUA